AUCGGCAACCUGCUCCUCUCGUCUUGCCCCGGCAAGAAGGUGCGCCUCACGGGUCCCGUUCGCGGCCGCGGUGCCAUCUGCCGUGACCUCGGGCUCGACCUCAAGCGCAUCCACAGUCUCGGCGUCGGCGCCGUCGUCUGCUGCCUCGACGACGAGGAGCUGGCGUACCUAGGCGCGCCAUGGGAGACGUACGAGCGCGAGGCAGACCAGCUUGGCAUGGACGUGGUGCGGCUGCCGAUGGCCGAGGGCUUCGCGCCAACGUGCGUCAAGACGAUCGACAUGAUCAUCACGUCGCUCGUCGCCGAGUACACGCUGCAAGGGCGCCACAUCCUCGUGCACUGCCGCGGCGGCGUCGGGCGCGCCGGCCUCAUCGCCUGUACGUGGAUGUACAAGCUCGGCCUGGUGCGCACCGGCACACUGCCGUACGAGCAGUGCCCCUUUGAGCUGCGCCCCGAGUACAGCGCCGAGCACCUCGCUGCUGUCGACCGCCUCGUGCAGACGGUGCGCCGCCGUCGCAGUCCCAAGGCCAUCGAGACGGCCGAGCAGGUCGCCUUCCUGUAUGAG